AUGGCUCACAUCCUGAAGCUACCGAACGAGCUCCUCGACAAGAUUGUCCAGGAGCUCGAAUACGGAGAAGAAGUGAACAACCUAUCCCAGGCAUGCCGCCGUCUUUACUGGGUCGCCAGUUAUCGUCUUUUCCCUGGCUAUGCGAUACAGUAUACCCCUACUGGUCUGAGCCGCAUCGUCACCACUGGUAACGUCGACUCGCUGAGGAAGCUCCUCGCAAGCGGCAUCAGCUUCAGUCGAUAUUCCGCCAUGACGGGCUACAAUUCCCCUCUACCAGAAGCCGUCAAAUUCGGACAACGUGGAAUCGUCAAACUGUUGAUUGAUUCUUACGGAUCUGAAAUCACUUCGGGCUCGUUGUCUGACAGGGAUACCGCCCUGACGGCUCUGGAAGAGGACUGUUUGGACAUACUCGAGCUCUUGGUGAAAACUGGUCUAUCAAAGCACGACGCAGUGCAGGCCUUCGUCGUGGCGUGUGAGCUAGCACCACUUGCAACGAUUGAAUAUUUGGUUUCGGAACUUGGUAUCAACAUCAACGCACGAGCUGACGAUAAUAUGACCCCGAUAAGGUCCGCUAUCCUGUCCGGCCGUCUGGAGGUUGUCAAGUAUCUUGUGGACUCUGGAGCAACAAUUGACGAUAUGCUCCAAGCAGGCUCGCCUACCCACAAGUCCGUUCUCUCUGAAGCCGCCUCGCUGAACCAUGUUGACGUGGUACGGUUCUUAUUGGAGAAGGGAGCCAGUGUGAAAGGAUUCACUGCCGACCAGCUCCGGGAUCUGGUGUGUCAAGAAGCACCUCAAUGCGCCGCGCUCAUUUUCGAGCGGAUUGGCCGGCGUAAAACUAUGGGACGGCUUAAAUAUCUGUCUGUCAAGACGCGCGCUGCUUUCCUCGUGCUCGCCGCCGCCCUUGGGGACGAACCACUCUUCGCCAAACUGAUUCGUCUUGGUGCUGGACGUAUUAAUUGGCCGGAGUCUCCGGUACUUGGUGUUGCUGCCUCGAGCGGUCAUACGACGAUUGUCAUGGCCCUGCUCGAUAUGCUCAGGGAGAACCCCGAUGCCCUCCCCAGCCAGUACAGCACCGCCAUAGAUUCAGCAAUUCGGGGCAACCACAAAGACAUCGUCAUCGCCAUCCUCGAUCACGGCGCCUACGAAUGGAUCAAAACACGGGGCAUCUGGUGGCUGACAGAAGCGGCAAGAAAAGGACGAGAUUCAAUUUGUUCAGUCCUCAUCAAGAGGGGUGCUUUGAAAUUUUUUUCACAUGCGACGAAAGUGACUUCCGAAAAGCUCAGGGCUGCCUUGAAACUCGGUUAUGCUCUUGGAACCCACUUUCAUGGAAACAUGGCCGUGCUUAGACAAAUCCACAGGAUCCUAGUCAUCGGCUGUCCAUACGGUGCCAAGGUUGCUUGCGGUGUUCUUUCGGGGGCAGCCGGUUUCUGCAAUGAGGAAACCCUCAAGAUGUUGAAGAAUAGAUACCGUCACAUUAGUGGUUCCGACCAAGAGGGAUGGGCCAGGGCCCUUACCAGCGCGGUGAGGGAAUUGAACCCAGAGCCGAUUGCAUGUAUCCUCCGAUACGUCGAUCCCAAUUUUCGACCCAUUGAAAAGUUCGAUGAGGAAUUUCCGCCGAUUCUGGUCCUUUGUGGUCAUAAAGUCAAUGCCGGCAACGACCCAUCAGUCGAUGUUUGCCUCGAUAUCAUCCGUCAGCUCUUGAAUCACGGCGCGCAGGUUGAUGACCUUGACUCUACGGAUGAUUCAGCCUUGAGGUCAGUGUCACUUCGCGGCGACAGUGCAAUCCAUAUCGCCAAAGAGCUCAUCGAUCACGGUGCAGAUCCUCUGAUGACUGAGCACGGGGAUCCGUCCGCCUUGGAGUUGGUCAUUCGUAGGGGGGAGCCUAAGUUGGUCGAGCUCUUCCUGAAAACCUUGGAGGAUCGCGGCACGCUGGAAGAGAACUGGAGCCUUAUCAAAAGGUUCAGAAUUCCUGACGUCCUCGCGUGGGAAUCAUACGAUGCUGAAACAAGUAUCCCUGCAUCUCGAAAUACAAAUUCCUCCACAAUGGACGCUCGCACGACCUGGGACACUUUCUUGAUCAACAAGACGGUUCGCAAAUAUGAAUUGCGAAUGGCAUGGUCUCGGCCCAUCUGGUGA